GCUCCUCCCCUGGGUGGGUCCCCGCGCCUUUUCUGGCGGGGUUUAUUUGCAUAGAGGGAACUGCCCGCAGUGGCCGCUGCGUUGGAGCGGGCGGCGAGGGGGGCGUGCGCGAUCCGCGGCCGCCGGGACGCCGAUCCCCGCAGCCGCCGACCUGGAUUCUCCCCGGACCGCAGCGCCGACGCAGAACCCGCUGGACGCUAUGGGCGCCGGCGAGCGCCCGGCCGGCGGGGGAAGCGUGCAGGACCCCGGCGCGGGCUGCGGGGCCCGGGUGCUGGGCGCGCUGUGCCUGCUGCUGUCGGUGGGCUCGGCCGCUGCCUGCCUGCUGCUGGGCGCCCAGGCGGCCGCACUGCACGGCCGAGUGGCGGCGCUGGAGCAGGAGCGCGAGCUGUUGCGGCGUGCGGGACCGUCCGGAGCCCUGACCACCUGGGCCGAAACGCACCUGGAGCGCCUGCUGCAGGAGAAGCUGGAUGGAGUUGCCAAGCUCCGGACAGUUCGGGAAGCCCCCUCCGAGUGCGUCUGUCCCCCAGGUCCCCCUGGACGGCGUGGCAAACCUGGACGAAGAGGUGACCCAGGUCCUCCGGGGCAAUCAGGACGAGAUGGCUACCCGGGACCUCUGGGUCUGGACGGCAAGCCAGGACUUCCAGGCCCCAAAGGGGAAAAGGGUGCACCAGGAGACUUCGGCCCGAGGGGAGCCCAAGGGCAAGAUGGAGCUGCAGGACCUCCUGGGCCCCCUGGACCACCUGGGGCCCGAGGCCCUCCCGGUGACACUGGGAAAGAUGGUCCCAGAGGAGCUCAAGGCCCAGCGGGUCCCAAAGGAGAACCUGGACAAGAUGGCGAGAUGGGCCCCAAGGGACCUCCAGGACCCAAGGGGGAUGAUGGGAUGCCCAGCCAGCCAGGACUCCCUGGACCCCCAGGGCCCAAGGGUGAGCCAGGGGAUGUGGGGCCCCAAGGAGAGAAUGGAGCAGACGGUGCCCCAGGACUGAAGGGGGAGCCCGGCCACCCAGGCACAGACGGAGCCACAGGGCCCCGGGGUCCCCCAGGCCUCAAGGGAGAACAAGGUGACACGGUGGUAAUCGACUAUGAUGGCCGGAUCUUAGAUGCUCUGAAGGGUCCUCCUGGGCCACAGGGAGCUCCGGGGCCACCAGGGAUCCCUGGAGCCAAGGGUGAACUUGGAUUGCCUGGCGCCCCAGGACUCGAUGGAGAGAAGGGUCCCAAAGGACCAAAAGGAGACCCAGGAGAGCCUGGACCAGCUGGGCCCAAAGGGGAAACAGGAGAGAUGGGCCUGCCAGGCCUACCGGGUGCUGAUGGUCCCAAGGGAGAGAAAGGAGAGUCAGCAUCUGACCACCUACAAGAGAGCCUGGCCCAGAUCAUAGUGGAGCCAGGACCCCCAGGUCCUCCUGGCCCCCCUGGCCCCAUGGGCCUUCAGGGGAUCCAGGGUCCCAAGGGCCUGGAUGGAGCCAAGGGAGACAAGGGUGCGUCGGGCGAGAGAGGCCCUCACGGCCUGCCUGGACCAGUUGGCCCACCGGGCCUUAUUGGGUUGCCAGGAACCAAAGGAGAGAAGGGCAGACCUGGAGAGCCAGGACUCGAUGGUUUCCCUGGACCCAGGGGAGAAAAGGGCGACCGGAGUGAACGUGGAGAGAAGGGGGAACGAGGGGUUCCUGGCCGGAAAGGAGUGAAGGGCCAGAAGGGAGAACCGGGCCCACCAGGCCUUGACCAGCCCUGCCCUGUGGGCCCUGACGGGCUGCCUGUACCUGGCUGCUGGCAUAAGCUCUUCCUGCAGACUCUUUUUUCCUGAAGAUCCUGUUA